AUGGUCAACUUCAAGAGUUUCGCCGUUGCGGCGCUGCUUUCGCAGGCGCUUGCGGCCCCCAUGAUUCCCGAGGCCGACGCCGUCGAGAUCGAGGAAGUUGAGCUUAUGCAGUCCAUUGAGAACAAGUACAUCGUGACGCUGAAGUCAGGUGUCGAAACCAGUGAGCUCGACGAGCACAUCAGCUGGGUCAACCACGUCCAGAAGCGCGGUCUGAAUGACCAGUACAAGGGCGUCGAGAAGACUUACACCGGAAACUACGAUUUCAACGCCUACACGGGCCAUUUUGACGAUGCCACUGUCGCAGAGAUCCGCAAGAGCCCGGAUGUUGCCUCCGUCGAGGAGGACAAGAUCUGGUCCCUGGAGUUUACCGAGUCCCAUAACAGCGAGACUGAGGCUGUCGGGGCGUUCAGUACGCAGCACAGCGCGACUUGGGGCCUUGGCUCCAUCUCUCACCGCUCGCCCGGCUCGUCCGAGUACAUCCACCAGCCCGAUGCCGGCAAGGGCCUGUACGCCUAUAUCAUCGACACGGGCAUCCGCGCGACGCACUCGGAGUUUGAGGGCCGCGCCUCAGCCAUCUACAGCGCGUUCAAGGACGAGACGACGGACACGUAUGGUCACGGCACCCACGUCGCGGGCACCAUUGGCGGCAAGACUUACGGCGUCGCCAAGAAGGUGCAGCUGCUGGCCGUCAAGGUCUUCAAGGGCCGCUCGUCGACGACUUCGACCAUCCUGGACGGCUUCAACUUUGCCGCCAACGACAUCAUCUCCAAGGGCCGCAACACCAAGUCCGUCAUCAACAUGUCGCUCGGCGGCGGCGUCUCGGACGCCUUCAACCGCGCCGUCGACUCGGCCGCUAAGCUGGGCAUCCUGUCCGUCGCCGCCGGCGGUAACACCAACACCGACGCCAGCCUGCGGUCCCCAGCCUCGGCGCCCAGCGCCCUCACCGUCGGUGCGGUUGACGCGGACUGGCGCAUCGCCAGCUACUCUAACUGGGGCAAGGUCGUCAAGGUGUUUGCCCCCGGCAGCCGCGUCAAGUCUGCCUGGUACACUGGCGACAAGGACACCAGCGUCAUCUCGGGAACGUCCAUGGCCACCCCCCACGUCGUGGGCCUUGCGCUUCACGUCAUGUCGGUUGACGGAAUCACGGGUCCCGAGGCCGUAAUCAAGCGCAUCACCGAGACGGCCACCAAGGACAAGGUCAAGGGAGACCUCCACGGGUCGGCGAACCUCGUUGCCAACAACAACAACAACGUCCAGAAGUAG